CCGAAUGUUUGGUAUUACACAAGUACGUGACAACCUUAUAAUAUUGAUGAUAUAGUGUUCCGAAUGUCUGGUAUUACACAAUGGAUGUUGCCAUGGUCAACGGUUUUGACUGCACCAAAUUUACCGGAAGUUGCCUCAAAUUGCUGUUCGUGCCCCAAAGCUGGGACGAUGCUGCUGCCGUCUGUGAAUCGCUCAACAGUCGGCUGGUGAUGGUAGACGACAUUACUGAAAACAACAUUCUACAAAAGCUGUUGACAGACAAUGGUAUGAGUGCCGUCUGGCUCGGUGUGUCGGAUGUGGACCACGAGGGUUUUAUGGUGGACAUCGAUGGCGAGGAAUUAGGAUACCAGAACUUCUAUUACUCCCAGCCAGACGACGGAUCUAAAUGUGUAACACACGAUUGUGUUAUCAUGUCUGGUAGUCUUGGUUACCAGUGGGACGACAUACUGUGUAGCAGCCUUCAGUACGCUUGUUGUGAAAUUAUAGUAUAG